GGCGGGAGCGAGGGGCGGAGGCGCAGCGCUGUCGGAGGCCGGGGCAUGGGGCGCGCAGCAGUGGAGCUGGCCUGAACCUUGGACCUUGCCUUCCAACAGAAUCGGUGUCUCAGCCCCAGCAGGAGCCGAUCAUGGCCUCCAAGCCUGAGAAGAGGGUGGCCUCCUCUGUGUUCAUCACCCUGGCACCCCCACGCCGUGACGUGGCUGUGACUGAGGCAGUGGGCCAGGCAGCUUGUGAAGCUCGACAUGCCCGGCCCUGGGAGACUCCCAUGAAGACCCCUGGGGCCGGCUUGAGCAGGAACCCCAAUACCUGGACACCCUCUGGCAGAACCACUGCCUCGCUCCCUGCAGCCCCACCCCGGCUCUCCAAUGGAGGAUGCUCUCCCCCACCUCCUUCCCUGAAUGAUGAGGACCUUGACCUCCUCCCACCUCCUCCACCACCGCCUUCGGCCUACCUGCCUCUCCCAGAAGAGGAGCCUCCUGCCCUGACGGGGACAUCACUCAUUUCUGACUUGGAACAACUACACCUGCCCCCGCCCCCACCUCCGCCCCUACCACAGGCUCUACCAAAGGGAUCCUCCGUCCGGCCUCAGCCCAGUCACCUCAGACCCUCGGAAGAGGAGCUGCCUCCUCCUCCAGAAGAGCCUGUCACGUUUCCAGAGAGAGAGGCAUCCACAGAUGUCUGCGGCUUCUGUCACAAGCCCGUGUCCCCUCGAGAGCUGGCUGUGGAGGCCAUGAAGAGGCAGUACCAUGCCCUGUGCUUCACCUGCCGCACCUGCCGCCGCCAGCUCGCUGGGCAGAGAUUCUACCAGAAGGAUGGGCGCCCCCUGUGCGAACCCUGCUACGAGGACACGCUGGAGAAGUGUGGCAAGUGCGGAGAGGUGGUCCGAGACCACGUCAUCCGGGCCCUGGGCAAGGCCUUCCACCCACCCUGCUUCACGUGUGUGACCUGCGCCCGGUGCAUCGGGGAUGAGAGCUUUGCACUGGACAGCCAGAACCAGGUGUACUGCGUGACUGAUUUCUACAGGAAAUUUGCCCCCAUGUGCAGCAUCUGUGAGAAUCCCAUCAUCCCCCGCGACGGAAAGGAUGCCUUCAAGAUUGAGUGCAUGGGAAGGAACUUCCAUGAAAACUGUUACCGUUGUGAGGACUGCAGCGUCCUCCUGUCUGUGGAGCCCACCGACCAAGGCUGCUACCCGCUGAACAACCAUCUCUUCUGCAAGCCCUGCCACAUGAAGCGGAGUGCUGCUGGGUGCUGCUAAGAACCCCGAUGCCAGGCCCCUCCCUGACAUGGUUUCCUCACUCAGCCUUCCUUGCAUACUUUCCUUAUGAGCCUCACUGGGCACCAGCACACUGCUCGGCCCACAGCGUCUAGACACAAGAGCCUGAGACCCUGGGGCUUGGCCUCCUGGUACACAGCUCCCCCCACCCAGACUUUCAACUCCUCCGACUCCGACAACCAGAAGGCCCCUCACCAGGAGAUUGGGACCCUGGUUCCUCUCUAGUGCUAGCCCUGACCUAUUUGUGGGGACAGGUCUCAGGAUGAUGCCCAUAUCUCCGACCAUGAUGCUUAGCUGCCUAGCAGAAGGUGCUGAGACCAGCUUAGCGUGUUGAGCUGAGCUGUUCCAAGUGUGCCUGCCCAGUUACCGUAGAAAGUGUAUUUUAAAAAUUUAGAAAUUUAUGCUGGGGCUGGGAACAGAGGCAGGUGGAUCUCUAAGUUCUAUGCCAGCCUGGUCUACAGAGCAAGUUCCAAGACAGCCAGGGAUAUACAGAGACACCCCGUCUUGAAAAAAAGAAAGAAACAAAGAAAGGAAGGAAGGAAGGAAGGAAGGAAGGAAGGAAGGGAAAAGAGAAAUUCAUGUUGGGCAUGAUGGCAUACAAUUUUAAUCCCAGCACUUCAGAAGCAGAGGCAGGUGGAUCUCUAUGACUUCCAGGCCAGCCUGAUAUACAGAGUGAGUUCAGUUUAAAUGAUGAAAAACAUUCUUUGGAUUUGGAGAAAGGAAAUCUUUUAAUUUUUCUUCAAUUUUUUUCUUUUUUGGUGGAGUGAAAUCAGUAAAUAUCUUCCCUUGGUUCAUAAAUGUUUAAGAAUGCAACUCGGAGCCGGGCAGCAGUUGCACGCCUUUAAUCCCAGCACCUGGGAGGCAGAGGCAGGAGGAUCUCAGAGUUUGAGGCUAGCCUGAUCUACAAGGUUAGUUCCAGGACAGCCAGGGCUACAUAACAAAACUCUGUCUUGAAAAACCAAAAAAGAAUGCAACUCGGAGGCUGGAGAGAUGGCUCGGUGGUUAAGAGUACUUGCUGCUCUUGUGAAGGACCAGAGUUCAUUUCCCAGCACCCACAUGAGGCUCAUAAGUACUUGACCUGUAACUCCAAUUCCUGGAGAUCUGGUGCCCUCUACUGGUCUCUUCAGGCACCUGCAUGCAUGAGAUGCACAUAUACUCAAGCACAAACACAUACACAUGGAAAAAAAAAACGUUUAGCCAGGUGUGGCAGCACACGCCUUUAAUCCCAGUACUUGGGAGGCAGAGGCAGGUGGAUCUCUGCAUUUGAAGGCAGCCAGGGCUACACAGUGAAAUGCUGUAUUUUUUUUUUAAGUAGCUUGGGUUUGGCAGUCCACAUCAAUGAUCCUAGUGCUUUAGAGAACUACCAGAAACUUGAGGCCUGCCAGGUCUUCAUAGAAUUCAUAGAAUGUAGCCUUGGCUGCAUUCAGAGACUGUGUCUCCAAGAAAAAAAUCACAGAUGCAUAGGAACAUGAAGUAGUGACCACCCAGCCUUCCUACCUCUGGAGCAGAUGCUGGAGUAGAGAUGGGGUCAGGAGGAGCAGGAGGGUGGCCAGCAGCCUCCACCUGCUUCCUGGCCCUGCUGUGGGCUUUUGUGAGUGGUCCACAGACAGGGAUUAAGUGCCUUUGAUUUGCUAGAGAACAAAAGUGGGGCUGAGCCUCCUUCCUACAGCCUUCACAAGUCUCUCUCUCUCUCUCUCUCUCUCUCUCUCUCUCUCUCUCUCUCUCUCUCUCUUGGAUGAGGUCAGGGAAAGGCAUCUCCCUUUGGCCUCCCAUUUGUACCUCUCAGA